CACUAUCAUGAGCUGAGCUUGCAACUGCCGAUCCGCAAUUUGCGAGAGCUUCCUUCCGCUGAAGCUCGUGUCGGGCGCUUGGGGCUCAGGCCGGCGCCAAUUCCUUCUUCGCACAACGCCACAGCACGGAGACGUCUCUCGACUUCGUGCUGGUGUGUUUAAUUUUUGCACAGCCCGUUUGCCAACGCCUCUCGGCUGUCCCUUUGCUGUCCAGUGACGCGCAGUCUCCCUGAGCGAUCACCUCUUCUUGCUCUUCCUGAACUCGCAAGCUCAGGCAUUCGCAGUCAACAUGGACGAGCCGCGCCAGAACAAACCGUCCAACAUACCGCGGCCCUCGAAAAUUCCCGUGCAGGCCUCCAAAAUCCCCGUUCCCCGAGCAAACUCAAUCCGAGCCUCGCCAUCGCGCGAAUCGCUAGGGACUGGUCCCGGCAACGGAACGCUGCGGAACCCGAAGCUACGGACAACCCCUUCGCGCGACCAAUUAGGGGCCACAUCAAAUGCUACAACCGGUUCCGCACCGCGUGCUGUAUCUUCACCACAGACUCGACCUUCGUCGAUCCCACCCAGCGAUGCGCGAACCGCGAGACCAGUCGCAAACGCCGCUCCGCAGGCUUCGAGACUAGCAAGAGGAGGAGGCCAGCCAGGGAGCCAGGGGUUCCGGUCGAGCUCGGCUACCCCUUCCUCAGUCCGGCGUCAGCCCUCGCAGCAAUGGAUCUCCGCCGCAGCCUUGCCCGAAGAGGAGGCGGGCUUGGGAGGCUCGUGGCCUGCGGCGGAUGACGGAGCUGGUGAGGAGUUCGCGGCGACUUCGCCUUCGAAACCGAGACCUUCGCUUGCCGAAAGGACCAUUGAGACUCUAUCUCGUCUGCCAUCAUCGCCAUCCGUCAAGGGAAGAGGCGCCCCCUCGUUCUACGACGCGGCCGCCACGUCAAGGAAGCCGCCUUCCCGACCCGGCUCCAGUCACCAGUCAGACGGGUCGGAAACUGGCGGCAGGCCAGCAUCCAGCUCUGGGCUGGACGAAUCCGCUCCUCCAUACCGGUCCCAGAUCGCCGCCUACAACGCGCCGCUGCCAGCCACGGAGAGCACGCCCCUGCGAAACAGGAGGAGCAUUCAAUCGUUCCACACGCCAUCAGCGAAGGCCACCCCAGCAAGAUCUGUUCGAGCAUCGAUGCACGGCGUCCCGGCCCCACGCCCCAGGACUCCCAGCCCGGACAGACAUGUGCCCAAUCUUGUACUGCCCAAAUCCGGCUCCAAAACUUUAGCCGCCCGGCCGCCGACGAAGCGACCGUCCGUAAACAACUUGUCCAAGAAGACGGGGGCGGCGCAAGGGACAACGUCGGGCUCAGAACCCCCGAGAAAAGCGUCCCUGGCCUCGCGAGGUUCGUCCACAACGUCGUACGAAGGGACCCAGACCUCCGCCGCCUCGGUCGCCUCCGCCAGCACGGCAAUCACAUCGGAUUCUGCCGAAUCCGCCCAGGCGUAUAGAAAAACGUCGGCGGCUCUGCGCGAACAGAUCGCGAAGGCGAAGGCGGCCAAGCGAGCGGCGGCACAAGCGGUCUCUUCCUCUGGUAACAAGGUGCCUACCGCCGUGGAAGCCCCCUUGGUACCCACCGAUACCAGUUUCGAUUUCGGUCUGUCCAACGACCCCUUCAACCAGCAUCGCGAUGACAAGUCCCAGGCCAAGGUGCUGAAAAGCCGCCUGGAGAGCGCUAGGACGAGCGGUCGGCUCAACAUCGCCGCGAUGGGUCUGAAAGAGAUCCCUGCCGAGGUACUCAACAUGUACAACCUCGAGUUCAUUGGCCAGCCAGGCAGCGCCUGGGCCGAGAGCGUCGAUCUGACUCGGUUCGUCGCCGCCGACAACGAGCUGGAAAUGAUCAGCGACUCGGUGUUCCCGGACGUUGACCCGCAGGAGCUUGCCGAGGACGAGGACAGCCCAGGAAAUAUCUUUGCCGGGCUGGAGACUCUUGACCUGCAUGGAAACAUUCUCGUCACGCUGCCUAUGGGCCUGAGGCGACUGUCUCUGCUUACGUCCCUCAAUUUGUCUCUGAACCGACUGUCCAACAGCUGUCUCGAGGUUAUUUGCCAGAUCACGUCCCUGAAAGAUCUGAAGCUCGCCGGAAACCUCUUGUACGGACCCCUUGACCCGUGCUUCUCCAAACUGGUAAAUCUCGAGAUACUCGACCUCCACGGCAACAAUCUCUCGUCCUUGCCGGCCAACUUUGGCGAUCUCUCCCGGCUGCGGAUCCUGAAUCUUAGUGAGAACAGUUUCGAGGAGCUGCCGUUUGAUCUGCUUGCUGCUUUGCCAUUGGCGGAGCUGGUUGCGCGCAAGAACCAGCUGAGUGGCACACUGAUUCAAGACACCGUGGACACCCUGACAACGCUUCAGACGCUGGAUGUUUCGUCGAAUCAGCUGGUCAAUAUCUGCUCGCCGGGAAGGACAGUUGCCAUGCCUGGCUUGCACCAGCUUUGCGUUUCCGUCAACCGUCUGCAGGGCCUGCCGGAUAUGAGCGGUUGGACGAGCCUAGUUACCCUUGCGGCCGAUGAGAACACCAUCAACGCCAUCCCCGAGGGUUUUACGACUCUCGAGCAGCUGAGGUCUGUCGAUUUCUCGAGCAACGACAUCCGUGUGGUGCCCGCCGAGAUUGGGCGGAUGGAGAACUUGGUGAACCUCCGGCUGAGCGGAAAUCCGCUGCGCGAAAAGAAGUUCAGCUCCAUUAGUACGGAAGAGAUGAAGUCGAUUCUCGCACAGCGGCUCGAGCCGCCACCGGAGGAGAUUGAACAGCAACCGGAGCCGGCGAGCAGCGGCGACCAGGAUGCGUACAUGGCUGGGCACGGGGCACCGACGACCAACCCAGCCGAGGACGACGACAGCCGCUCCGAUAUGGAUGACUUCGCGACGCCGCCCACAUCUGCCCCGGCGUCCCCGGCGCGCUCCCGCUCACAGACCGCCACAUGGCCGGUCAAGUCGGGCGGCGUCCUCGACCGGUCCAACACGCAGUCUUCCUCCCUGCAUCCGGUCAUCUGCUCCAAGCUCGCGGCGAGCCACAAAAUCUACGAGGUCCAGCUGCACCACAACCUGUUCACCGCGCUGCCCGAAUCCCUCACCUUCUUCGCCGCGACGCUGACGGCGCUCUCGCUCGCCCACAACCAGCUCGUCGGCGAAAGCUACCUCGGCGGCGCGAGCGGCAGCGAGGACCUCGACCUGCCCGCCCUGAAGGAGCUCAACCUCGCGCACAACCACAUCACCGGCCUCGGCCCCCUGGUCGCCCACCUGCGCGCCCCGCAGCUGCAGAAGCUCGACGUCAGCUUCAACCGCCUCGCCGCCCUCCCGCAGGCCGAAGGCACCCGGCUGCGCGACGCCUUCCCCGCCCUCACCGUCCUGCUCGCGUCCAACAACCACCUGGCCGACCUCGACCCGGAGGCCAUCCGCGGCCUGGCCGUCGUGGACGCGGCCAACAACGAUAUCGCGCACCUGAACCCGCGCAUCGGCCUGCUCGGCGCCGGCGGCGGCGGCGGUAGUAGUAGUGGUAGUGGCAGCGGAGGGGGCGCGGCGCUGGAGCGGCUGGACGUCACUGGGAACCGGUUCCGCGUGCCGCGGUGGAAUGUCCUGGAGCGCGGCACCGAGGCGACCCUCCGCUGGCUGCGUGGGCGGGUGCCUGUUGCUGAGAUGGCUGGGUGGAAGGGGGAGGGUGGAGAUGGGGACAGGGAUGAGUUUGAUUGAGUGAUUGAGUGAGUGAGUGACUGACUGAGCUGGGCAGGCUGGGCGGGUGAAAUUUCUCUUCCUUCUCUUCCUGGGGCGAUUCUGUCUGCGGCGCUUUGUCGUCGGCCUUUGUUUCCGGCAUGGUUCUCGAAUAGCGAGUGAGGACAUGUCUGGCGCCCUUUUAUUACCUUUUUCCCCCUUUCUCUUCCCGGCGCAAUGCCGCGUGUGUCGAUAUUCUGAUACCAGCUGAGAUUUUUGUAAUAGGGCUCUGGCCGGACGCAGCGUGUCCAUGGGGAGCUCAGGCGCGCGCCGUUGCUGCUCUGCCUGCCUGCCUCUUUUUUGACUUGCGAUUGUUGUAAUUACUAGCUUGGAAUAGGUAAUUAGACGGCCGGGGGAAGCCACACGGGGCAAAAACGCCCCCGGCAUGUUUUUGAACGCUGGCAGGGAACUGCAGUCUGGCUGCUGCGUCUGAAGUCUCUGGGUGCUCUCAGCUCCUGUGGAAACGUUCUUGGUAGUACAUUACUGUCGCAAAAGCGAUGCCGCUAAUACAGCCAGC